AUGACAACGAGCAGUUUGCGGUUGCAUGCGCCAUUCCUUUCCCUGGCCAUACUCGCCUUCUCACUGCUGGUACUUUCAUGCGGGCGUUGUGCUGCCCGGGAAGUACCAGGAGAAGGCCACCUUCGGACAUGGGACUGGCACUUCAUCGAGGGGUUCGUCGUCUGCCUCAUCGUUUCCCUACUGGCAGUCCUGCUCUUCUGCGUAUGCCGUAGAGGAAAAGGCGGCGCCGUGGCGGCCGUCGAAGGCAGCCGGGAAUGGUCACGGGCAACCGCCGGGCCACCCAAGUCCGACCACUACAUGUCAAUCAACGCAAGCAUGGUGCGCAGUGCGCAGACGACCCCCGACGCGCGGCCCCGAUCCUCCGACGUCUCUCCCGAUUCCAGGCGCCUCCCGCCGUCGCCAGAGAAGCUGCUUUGGAUGCUCCUCGCCUUGCCCGUGCCUGCCGACGAGCGUGCUCCUGCAGCCACCCAACACGGCUGGCCGCCCGUGCAGCGGCCGGAGAAGGAUGCCGUGAUUAUGGAUCCCUUCUCGCCCUGCUCACGGGCGUCCUGGGCGAGACCUAAGGAGCUUGACUACGAACGGCUUCAAGUAGCAACCAACGACUUCCACAUGAAAUCUCGGAUGCGCAAGCCGGGUUGCCAGUGGGUGGUGUACAAAGGUACCAAAUUUGUGGCCGACGACGGCUUGCCCGCUGUUGUGGUCAUCAAGAGGUUCCACGAGAUCAUUAGCACGGAGCAGAGGGAGCGUAUGGUGGACGAUCUCAGCCGCAUGACCACCCUACAACACAAGAACGUCCUAAGCCUACUCGGAUACAGCUUCGGAAAUGGUUAUUUUCAUCUGGUGUACAGCUACAUGCCCAACCGCAGCUUGGACAAACGCCUCUUCCGCGAGCCCCGCGGGACAGGCUUGACCUGGCCGCUCCGCUACAGCAUGGUCAACGACGUCGCCCGGGCGCUCUACCACCUGCACGUCACCAACGUUCCCCACGGGUCGAUCAAGGCGUCCAACAUCUUGCUCGAACAAGACUUCGCCGCCCGGCUCCACGGGCACUUUGGCUACCAACCCGACCAGAGCAACACGCCCCGCGGUUCACUGGAGGCGGACAUGCUGCAAUUCGGUGUGCUGAUAUUGCAGGUCGUAUGUGGGCCCCAGGGGCGGAGCCAGGCUAACACCGCGCCCUGGGCCUGCUUCAUCGCUACAGUGUUCAACUGGGUUCAACAGUGCAAAAUCGCUACAGUCAACGAAGAAAUAAAUCUUCACGGCCGGGGAUCGCCGGCCGAACUGGUGGACUGGGUUUGGACGCUUCACGGGGAAAGUCGCCUGCUCGAGGCGGUCGACCCAGCAGCGCGGGUCGACGACUUCAACUUUGCUCAGGCGACCAAGCUUCUUCUCAUCGCCCUCUCCUGCACAUACCCGGACCCAGCGGCGCGGCUGACUAUCUAUGAGGUCCGCAUGAUCUUAUCUGACCAAGCUCCACUGCCAGAGGUUCCUCCAUCCAAACCCACCUGA